AUGAAAAGACUGCAAAGAGCGAUGACUCAAUCGAAGAAGGAGCCCACUUUUCGGGGGGAACCGCUCGGCUGCUGUGGGUUCGUCUCGCUCCUCUUGAUCCUCUCCGCUUCACCGGCAAAGGUGGCCUGCUUACAAGAUGUGGAAUUUGAGAAACAAGUGGCCACCAUCAUUUCAUCCGUGGGCAAACCGGUGAGGCUGGAGUGCGACCUGCUAGCCACGCUCGACAACGGCGAGAUUCCGCCCAACGUGUACUGGCUGAAGGACGGCGAGGCGCUUCCCUUCGCCGAAUACGACGACUACCAAAUGCCGGUUGUCGGCAUGGACCGCUGGAUCGUACACAGCACCCUCAGGAUUAAAAGUGUCCAACUUUCGGACAUGGGCACCUAUCAGUGUGCGGUUGAUGUGGAAGGUGAGCAGAUUUUGUCCAUGGACGGAAGCAUCAUGCUGGAAGGUCUCCCUCACUUCUCCACCGAGCCGCAUCACAUGUCCGUGGAGGCCAACGUGCCGCUGAGCCUGCACUGCGUAGCCCACGGACCGCCAGAACCGGUCCGAGUCAUCUGGCUCCGGGACGGCGCUCCUCUAAACACGGUGGACGACCCGGUGGCCCUGUCGCCAUCUACGCUCAACAUCACAGGUUUGAACCGAACCAGCAGUUUUUCCUGCGAGGCCCAGAACCGCAAAGGCGUGGCCGCCUCCGGCUCCGGCACUGUUACCGUGCUCCCUUCCGUUCCUCACCACUUGAGAGCCGUCAACAGCACGCCAACCAGUCUCCAGUUGUCAUGGCAACCUGGCUUCGGCGGCGACUACCUGGUCGUCCGCUGCACAGUACAGGUCAAACACGCCGACGAGCCGUUCACUGGAGGUCCGGAUCAGAUGAUCCUCAACCAGAACUUGAACGUGCCUCCGAGCGAGUACCUGGUGGAGGACCUGGAGCCCCACAGUGUGUACGCCGCUAGGGUGGCGUGUCACAGCAGCCAGGGGCCGUCGCGCUGGACGUCCUGGGUGGAGAUGCGCACGGCCGAAGGAGUUCCCGAUGAGGCGCCGGGCAACGUGACGGCGCUGGGGAACGACAGCCGAGUGCUGCUGGCUUGGGAAGAGCCCUCGGGGAAGCUGAACGGAGACCUACGCGGCUAUUUAGUGGAGUUGAGCGCGCCCACUGUCAAUCAGUUCGUCUUGGACGCCGGACUGGACACGGAGCUGUCAAUCAACCUGUCCCUGCCGCUCUCCAACGUGACCUUGCGGGUGUGCGCCUACACGGGGGCGGGGCGAGGACCCUGGAGCCCCACGCAGACUCUGACGCUGGUCUCUCCUGGUGAGGAAGCGCAACUCAAAAUGCGAGGUCUUUCGUCUCCGCCGGCUUUCUCGUGGCACUGGUGGUACGUGGUGAUGGCCGCCACCGGCGCCGUGGCCCUCGGCGCGCUCAUGGCCGUGUACGUGGCCAAACUGCGGCGCAAGGAGACACGAUUCGGCGAUGCCUUCGAGCCCAUAAUGCAGAGCGGCGAACUGGUGGUCCGUUACCGGGCGCGACGCUCGUACAGCCGUAGGACCACCGAGGCCACGCUGAACAGUCUGGGCAUCAGCGACGAGCUGAGGCAGAAGCUCCAAGACGUGAUGGUGGACAGACACAAGUUGACGCUGGGCAAGACGUUGGGCGAAGGCGAGUUCGGCUCUGUGAUGGAAGGUCAGCUCAUGCAGGAGGAAUCUGUACUCCGUGUGGCCGUCAAAACUAUGAAGAUCGCCAUCUGCACGCGCUCAGAAAUGGAGGACUUCCUCCGGGAGGCCAUCUGCAUGAAGGAGUUUGACCACGCCAACGUCAUGAGGCUGCUCGGUGUGUGUCUGCAGACGGUGGAGAGCGAAGGCUUCCCGUCGCCCGUGGUCAUCUUGCCCUACAUGAAACACGGCGACCUCCACACUUACCUGCUCUACUCGCGCUUGGGAGAAAAUCCCGUGUACCUGCCGUCUCAGAUGUUGGUGCGCUUCAUGACGGACAUCGCCCGCGGUAUGGAGUACCUCAGCAACAAGAACUUCAUCCACAGAGACCUCGCCGCACGCAACUGCAUGCUGAAUGAGAACAUGAACGUGUGCGUGGCCGACUUCGGGCUCUCCAAGAAGAUCUACAACGGCGAUUACUACCGGCAGGGGCGCAUCUCCAAGAUGCCCGUCAAGUGGAUCGCCAUCGAGAGCUUGGCCGACCGGGUGUACACCACCAAGAGCGACGUGUGGUCCUUUGGCGUCACCAUGUGGGAAAUCGCCACCAGGGGGCAGACGCCGUACCCCGGCGUUGAGAACAGCGAGAUCUACGAUUAUUUGAGGCAGGGAAACCGUCUCAAGCAGCCUCCAGAUUGCCUGGACAACAUCUACGCGCUGAUGUUCUCCUGCUGGCUGCUGAGUCCCAAAGAUCGUCCGACAUUUGAAUCGCUUCGAUGCGAGCUGGAAAAAGCCCUCGACGACCUGCCCGACUCGCAAGACCCGGACGAGAUUCUUUACGUCAACAUGGAGGACUCCUACAUCGAACCGGGGGCCGUCGGCGGCUGCGACCCCCUCGGAGGCUCCGCCCAUCUGGGCCUGAAAGGCCUGGAGGUGACCACGGCGGAGGUGCACCAACCCAACCGCUACGUGCUGUGUCCCCAGCACGACAGCGGCCGAGCGCUGGCCGACUCCCUGGAGAGUCUGGACGUUCCCUCGGCUUUCUCGGCCGCCACGCUGCCUCUGCGCUACUCCCGACACUCCACGCCCGACGUCACCGGUGCGCCGACGCCCGAUAUAGCCCGGGCGGCCACUCCCGCCACUGAGCUGCUGGAUGAGCGAGAGGUGACCCAUAAGGUCGCCUGGCAGUGAGCGCAACUGGAUUGAAUCGUACCUAUCGAGUCAGAGAAUGGAAUUUUAGAUGGUGUGCCUUGGUGAGCACAAUUUGCACGCAAACACACACAUGCACACACACACACACUUGAAGGCAUUCCAGGAUGUACGCCAUUAAAAUGAAUGUUCACUUUUUUCAAAAACACCAAAAAGGAAUCACUUCCAGCCUAAAUCAUGCUUACCCUACAUAACAAAAACAAACUUAACCCCUAACCCCCAAAAUAUAGUGAUACCAUUUUUCCAUUUUCCACACACGCAGAAACCUGAUGGCAUUCCAGCAAUCUUUGAUCCUUCUCAUUUUGACAUUUUUCAUUUUGUUUUUCAUUUAUCCACAAAUAUUUUUCCCUAUUUCAUUGGCCAGUGCUCAACCGAAGCAAAACUCAUUUCCUCUCAUCACGCUCCCCUUAUUCCCCUUAAAGUAGCACACGAUUGUGGAAAAUAUGGAUAUUUGAAUGUGAGGAACUGCAUUGCCACAAAAACUCAAGGAAAUCCAUUCACUGAGGAUCUCCUCGCAAACCAGGAAAAUAUCACUGCCAGGACUCCUUGAAGCCUUUGCCCCACAAAGGUACCAAACAGUCCAAGAUCCGAAUAUUCUGAGGUGGACUUUAAAAAAAAAGACAAUAAGCACAUUGACUUUCUUUUGUACCCUGAUUGUUUUUCUACUUUUCCAACUUUGCACUAAUGUCUUUUUUUUUUUUAUAUCAUUUUGUACGUUUGUCUAUUGUCUGUAUACUUUUUUUUUUUUUUUUACUUUGUAAACUCCAUGUGAUGGACGA